GGCCCUCGGGGCGCCCACUUGUCCGGCCGGCAUGUGACCGCCACCAUGGCCCGGCCGCUCGCGCUGCUGCUGCUGCUGCUGCUGCCGCCCGGCCCGGCUGCACUGAGGGGCCGUUGGCUUGAAAGCCACACCAGCGCCCAACCUGCAAACCUCACCUGGGGUCAGGAUCAAGCAAACUUCACAGCAGCGGCCUCCAGAGACAGGGUGUCGGUUCAGACCCUCCGAAAGAGCCUCAUUUCUGCCGAUACUCCAGAAGCUUUCACUGCACAAGCGGAAACAGCAGCCACUGAGUAUAGCCCUGAUUUGGGGAUCAGUCCUGACGUGGAGGAGGAGACCUUCCAGGGGACACCAGGUGCUCACGCUCACGACCUGCAGACGGCAGCUGCGUCCACUGGGAACGGAGAGCGCACGCUGCGAUCUCUCCCCAGCCAGAACGCCGAGACCUCCAGGGACCCGGGACGCCCUGCAGCCACGCCCCCACAGCCCAGGAACGCCACUGCCCUGGGAGUCACUGGUGUCAGCCUUGACCCUGAGAGCGACUUGGACCUGGAACCCCAGCCCGAUGACCACACCUACAUCUCCUCUGCCUUCACCAAAGGGGAGCGGGCGCUGCUGUCCAUCACAGAGAACUCUGCUUCCCGGCCACCCGACAGGGCCUCCACGGAGCAUGAGCCAGGCGGGGCGCGCUCCUCUGGGGUGCAGGCGGAAGGGAGCAGAGACCCCUGGCCAGCCAGGGUGCCUGUGCGACCGCCCACCAUGCCCCUCAUGCCGGGUACAGCCCGGCCGUCCCGGCCCACUCCCACGGCGAGUGUGCCCAGCACCCUGGCUCUGUUGGGCACCAGGGCUGCCUCGGGGGGUUCCCCGUCUUCUCCGCCGUCCUCAUCGAGGGCGCCCUGGUCACCGCCCUUGGUGUCGCAUACCCACCAGCCCUUCUUACCCACCUUGCUAUCGACCAGGCCCUCGGGCCCCCCGAGGCACCCCGCCACGGGUGCGCCCGCUCUGCUGUCCUCCUCUGCACCCCCUACCCCGGCUUCCCCGGGCACGUUGACCCCUGCCCCUCCUGCCGUAUUCUGGACCACUGCAGUGCUGCCCAGGACUUCAGUUCGGACAUCCAUGCUGGUGCCCUCCAAGACUGCACUCCCCAGUGGUCAGACCGCAGACCCCGAGAGCCUGAGUCGGGCCGAGCUGGAGAAAGUCAUCCGGGGGGGCUCAGCAGCACCCAGCCCCGGCUCUCUGCGCACGGAGACCCCCAAGGCUACAGCCAUGGACGACUCCACUUCCAGCACCCCUGGCAUCCCUGGCCCGGUACCCUUAGCAGAGACCACAGAGCCAGCUCUGCCCGCUACCAGCUUCAGGUCAGCCCAGACAGCAUCUGCUGUGGUGACCACGCUUCAGUCCUCACCGCCGCUCACCCCCACGCCCAGCCCCGCAGCCACCACAGUGGCCCCGGCUGCCAGCCCCACCACUGUGCAGACAGAGGCCGAGGAGCUCUUGCCAACCAGCCCCGGGAUUGUCGUGCCACCUGUCACAACAGAGGGUCCCGUCACCACGCAGAGGAGCCCUGUGCGUACAGAGGCCACACCUGGACCUGCCUUCCCGACCGGGGUGCCCACACCCACCCUAGAAGCCACCCCGGAGCCAGGCCUGACAGGGGGGCGCACUGCAGCACCACCUUCUCCGUCUCCCCCUCCUGCUCCCCACACCUCGGAGUCCUCCACGCAUGACCUGCUGACCCCCAAGCCCCAGCAUCCCACCACACAGGCUCCGGGGGCCUCGUCGCCGGCCUCAGCAAGCAGCUGUGCCACUAGCCCCUGUCUCCAUGGUGGCCAAUGCGUGGAGGAGCCCCCUGGCCCUGGGCAUCGAUGUGUGUGCUCGCCCUCCUGGCAAGGGGCCGACUGCAGCAUCGAUGUGAACGAAUGCCUCUCGAACCCAUGCCCGCCCCUGGCUGUGUGCAACAAUACUCAGGGAUCCUUUAUCUGCAAAUGCCCAAUUGGGUACCAGUUGGAAAAAGGAAUAUGCAAUUUGGUGAGAACCUUCAUUGCAGAGCUGAAGAUCAAGAAAACUCUUCUGAAUGCCACCACAGAACUCUCUGAAGUUGAGAGCGAGAUCACCAGAACGUUAAAUGCGUGCUUCUCACCAGUCCCUGGAUACACCCAGUCCACGGCUCAGGCCUCAGGGGAGUCCAGUACCGUGACCCUGUCCCUGCACACCACCUUCUCCCUGGCAUCCAACGUCACACUCUUCGACCUGGCCGACAGGGUGCAGCACUGUGCCAACUCCUGCAGGGCCUCUGCUGAGCUCUGCCAUCUCCUGGCAGCCCAGAGGCGCUUCUUUAGAGCGGGCAGCCUGUGCAGGCGCAAGACCCCGGAGUGUGACCGCGAAACCUCGCUGUGCACAGACCUGGAUGGCAUCGCCCGCUGCCAAUGCAAGCUGGGCUACUUCCAGUUCAACAAGAUGGACCACUCCUGCCGAGCAUGUGAAGAUGGCUACAGGCUUGAAAAUGAAACCUGUUUGAGCUGCCCAUUCGGCCUUGGUGGUCUCAACUGUGGGAACCCCUAUCAGCUCAUCACUGUGGUGAUUGCAGCAGCAGGAGGGGGCCUUCUGCUGAUCCUGGGCAUCGCCUUGAUCCUGACCUGUUGCCGAAAGAAUAAAAAUGACAUAAGCAAACUUAUCUUCAAAAGUGGGGAUUUCCAAAUGUCCCCAUAUGCUGAAUAUCCCAAGAACCCUCGCUCUCAAGAAUGGGGUCGAGAAGCUAUCGAGAUGCACGAGAAUGGAAGUACCAAAAACCUCCUCCAGAUGACGGAUGUGUAUUACUCGCCCACAAGUGUCAGGAAUCCUGAGCUUGAACGGAAUGGACUGUACCCGGCCUACACCGGACUGCCAGGGUCACGGCAUUCUUGCAUUUUCCCUGGACAGUACAACCCAUCUUUCAUCAGCGAUGAGAGCAGGAGAAGGGACUAUUUUUAAGUGCAGAAGAAAGAGGGUGCGGCUGCACUGAGAGCUGCAGGACCUCGUUGCUCAGAGGGAGUGCCAUGUGCUGGCAGCUCGGGCUCCCACCUUUGAGUGGCACGUGGAAAGUGGACACAUGUGAAGGGAGCAACCACAGUGGAAGGAGACAGUGGAUGGAACCUGUGGACUUGGAACUGCAGGCUGCCCGUUGGCACCUUUGCUGUUACUGUGAAUGUACAUGGGCCAGUAUGAGAGUGAGUGACCACAGCACGGCCACUGGCUAAAGGAGUGGGUAGUUAGGUUAGAGCAAGUCAUUGGGCAUCACCGCAGGGACCCAGUUUUCCCUUAGUUUGCACUUUAGUAAAUUGGGUAGGGAUAGUUCCUUAUAUAUAUAUAUUUUUUUUUUUUCAAGGCCAUUCAAAAAAUAAGGUCUCUUUUCCUCAGCCAUUUCCAUAGACCUCAGCUUGGGGAUUAAUUCGAAGCAAAAUACUGGCUCUUUGCUUUCUUGCCCAGUUCCUAAACCAGACUCUUUCAGCUGGGAGCCAUAAGACUCCCAGGAGAUUCCAAGGGGACACAGGUGAAAAUCAUAUAGAUGAGAGGUCAUUGCAUGAGACCAAGAGGCCAGUGGGUAGGAUAGGGGGCACAGGAGGGAAACAAGGUCUGAAGGGGGCCCCUGUCAGAACAGUGUUGAGAAAUGUUUUCUAAACUGAUGUGGACGAUGAACAUCGCCCUCGGCUCUGGAGACGUAGGUACCAUCUUUCAGAAUAUCUAGACCUUUCGCUCCAGUUUCCAAACCAGCUGCCCAGAGGAGGCACUGACAUUUGUGAGGGACCGUGCACAGUGCAAGUCCAGGUGACACCUGUCUUGGAGAUGAUAUUUCCCUUUGCACUGAAGUUGCCUUGUGUCAUCCGGCUCAGGGCAGUACUACUUUCCCUGCUGUUGGAGUCGCCUGCAAGUGAGCUGCACAGGCCCUGGGGAAGACUCCUGCAGUCUUCCUCUCCAAGUGCUUCUCAGGGGCACGGGGCCUCCUCCUUGGGGCCACGGCUGCUCUUGGGGGAUAGAGGAGGAAGCUGUCAUUGGAGCUGGUAUUCCACCAGCAAAGGAAAAGUGGCAGCGCGAUCUGUCCCCAAAGCUGAGGAAUAAACCAGCUGCGUUUCCUAAAAUACCAGCUCCGCUUCAGAAACUUGAGGAAGAGCGGCUCGGGUGCUGGGAUGUGGCGCAUGGGGGUUACCUGCCCAACGGUGCCACAACCCUGAUUGGCCUCAUCCAGACUCUGUGUGGAACUUUGAACCAGCCACUCAGAGCAGCGGGCCCGUCAGAAGCCACUCACCUCCUUUCUCUGGGCGGCCGUCCCUCCCUGUGCUGCUCUGCAGCUCCCUCUGGAAACAGCGCAGUGAUGCCUGUCAGCUUCAGAGAACUGGGUUUCUGGCCAUCAAGGGCUGGGGGAGAAUUUGCUAUUGGGAACUAAAUCCGCACGUCUUUAUUAUACCUGUGUGGAGAGCAUUGUGAGGGGGUGCAGGCAGAGUGGGGGUGCUCAGUGUCCUUUUUCGUGUUCCUGUGGUGACUCAUAUCCUGGUCUGGAAUGACGGGAAGGGAACCCUGAGGGGAAAGGCCAUCCUGACCCGCUCUCAGGGAUGCUUUCGGAGACGCUUCCUUCUGCUUGGGCCUGGGGUCCUGUUCAGGUUCCAUUUGCUCUAGAAUGAGCCAGCCUUACUCUUCUGUGCUCUUCAGCCUGGGUUUUGUCGGGUGCUUAGGGUCCUGGGAUCUCCACGAGGUGGUCCCAUUACCUCCUGCGGCAGCAGCGCUAGCCAGGUGGAGCCCUCUGAGAACUUAAACAGAGCACUUCAGCGCAGGAGGCCAUGUCUGCAGGGUGUGACAGUGUUUGGGACCGCUCCCGGGAACCAGCUGGCCACCAGCCCUCUGCCCCGUGGCCAUGCUUCUGACUGGAGGGCCCCGGGGCAGAAAGGAGGCAGGUUGCCAGAUCUUGGUGCCCAUCCCGGAAUCCAGAGCCAUGUGGGGCGGGGGAGGGGGGAUGCUAGCUCCAAGUUGCAGGCAGACAGGUGAGCCACCACAGACAGUCAUCUCCUUGGUCAGUGCCAGAACCCAUCUUUCCCACGGAAGAAAGCGUUGUUCUCUCGCCAAAGCGUCCUUGAGGAGAAGCCCCCAGGCAAGUAAAGUGUGUCCCGGAGGUGCCAAGCAUGUGCUGUUAGGUGUUGAAGACUGGAAUGUGUCAGGUCUGUUCUUGCUUCCACUGUUCAAAGGCACCCUGCAUGGGGGAGCUGAUGAGUAGCUCCGGACCCUGGAGGCUGUGUGGGCAGGGGAGGCAGCUGGUAGCGGCCACCCCAGUGGAAGGGAGAGUUUGGCUUCCUUAGCUUGUGGGUAAUCCCACCACGGCAUCCUCCUGGGUCCAUCAACAGGGCAGCCGCAUUCUCUCCACAGAUGCCACAAGGGCCAAGGCAUACCCAGCAAGCCGCAGCCUGGGCCCAGGGCCCAUGUCAGCCCCACUGCCAGAGUGCAGGGUCCUGCAGCGCCCAGGCAAGUGCGGCAACCCCAGGGCAGAGGCUCUCACCUGCGGCAUCUGCAGGUGCAUCUGAGCUCCGCAGGGUCUUACAUAUGUCCCUCUUGUCCCCGUGAGUGAGUUAGGAAGUUUAACAGUCCUGGAGAGUAUCUCUUGGGUUCCAUACAUGGUUUGGCUCCAUGCAGGGCACCAAGCCUCGUGUCCAUUGCUCAGACAUGGCACCUUGCCAGGAUAAGCACUUGGCUUUCAAGGUGUGGGAUUGGGACCCUUUUCCUAGCUUAAGCACACAAAAAUGUCAGGCUUGUUGCAUAUGUUUCUGUGGACCAUGCGGCCAUUGAGAAGGAAAGUGCGUCUGGAGGUUCUGGGGGUGUGCUUAGCGGUAGAGCACAUGCCUGGCAUGCAUGAGGCCCUGGGUGCUAUCCCCAGUGUCUCCAAACAACAAAUAUCAUGGCAUGUGCCUAGCUAGAAAAACUGGUACGUGGCAUUUGGAAUAGGAGCGGGGGGUAGGGUAGGAGCAUGACCUGCACUGAGGACAAAUACAUGAUAAGACAUGCUUCUGAGGGCCACUCAGAAGCCACUCAUUCCCGUGGCCAGGCCAGGACUGCCACAGUAGAAGCGUAUUCAGGGGGACAGUAUCGGAGUCAGUGGAAUGUCAUAAUUGUUGGCCAAACUUCCUCUUCUGAGGAAGGUUUAUUUUUAGAGGCAGCUGAGUCAUUUAGAGCCAAAAUUAAUUGAAUUUAUCCUGUAAUCUAGUUGGCUAAUGGCCUUCAAGGUUAAAAACCAAAAUGUGACUAUUUAGUUAUGAAAAUGUAGCUUUCAAGUUGAUCUUUGCAAUGCAGCAUUGCAUGGCUGUGAACAAAAAGGUCUUUGAUUUUCUUUGGAUUGAUUUAGAUGAGAAAGUUUCCACAACAGAUGGGAUAGUGUCAUUCCCUCACAUGUGGUUUUGGAGCCACUUAAAUCUGUCGUGCCCUCUUUGGCAGUGCCUGGCCUGUUCCUUAUGGCCUGGCCGAAGGCAGCCCAGGACCCCCAGCUCAGUUUAACCAACACGCCUGAAGUUUGGGCCCAUCCUUUUAAGAUAAUUUCCCUCACCUUGAAAUAAGAGCACUGCUUCAGAGGGAGGGAAAUUAAGAAGUUCAGAAUUGGUAUUUUGUAUCUUAUUUAAACAUAACCGUGUCAGAGGUGUGUUUUUUUUCUCUGUGGAAACCUUGGUGGGAAUUAGAAAAAAAAUUCCAUGUCCUUCUGCUGGACAAAGUGUCAUUCCGAGUGUUUGGAAAACAGAUACUGUUUUGUUGGGUUUCAGCUUUGCUUUUGAGUAGAUCUUCUCUUUGUCUUCUCUUGAGUCCCCCAGAAAAGGAAGGUAGCUAAAAUAGCAAAAUCCUCGAAGUGCCAGUUCAUCUGUUCUGCUGAAGAACUUUUUCAAGCCUGUUACAACCCAUCCUGCCUGGUGGACACUCAGAAAUGCCUGUGAAACCACCCAAGUGGAUGGCUUAGAGCUAGCGACAGGCUGAUUGCCACUGCUAUAAAGAGGAAGUUUAAGGAAUUUUCUGGGUAGAUUCUGGUUUUAUUCCUCUUUGGACACAUCUUAUGUAGAGACUUGGGUGAGGAGGAUGGUGCUGCGUAGGAGGGACUGGGAAACUAGCCCUAGUGCCGCCCUUCCUAGGCAGCCCAGCCUGUUUCAUGGGUUGCUGAGCUUUGUUGAUGCUUGUGUUGCUAGAUUUACAGUAAAUGAAGCAUGUAGUUGAGGUAAUGAACUUUUUUUAGUUUUCACAUAUUGCCCAGACUUCUCUUUACAAAUCUUAGCCCCAGGUUGUGUUUAAUCUAUUAUGAGGAUGUUAUUUAAAGUUGUACCAUAAUUGCAACCUCCACUAAUUAUUCAGUACUGUAGCAGCAAAGUAUUAUUUGUAAGGAUUUGGUUAUUUUUAUACUUAUAUUCAUUAUAAGUCUGGCGUUGUAGUCAGUAAAAUGAUGCAAUAAAUACAUACCAUUUUCA